AUGGCUCCUGUACUCGACUUCCCUAUCAACGUAGGCCGAAUAGACGAUGUCCAAGAACUGAAAAAGGCCCGAAAAACCGAAAUUCCAAAUAGGUUCGUACGCGAUAUGGCUGAGAGGCCUAUGCUAGCGGCCACAACCCAUUUCCCGUUGUCGACUAGUAUCCCUGUCAUUGAUCUUUCAAAGCUCAUGAGAGGAAACAAACAAGAAUUUCACUACGAAAUCUUGAAGCUCUCGUCGUCUUGUGAAGAGUGGGGCUUCUUUCAGGUGAUAAACCAUGGGAUUGAUCUGGAUUUGCUGGAGAAGAUAGAGAAGGUGGCGAUGGAGUUCUUCAUGCUUCCAGUGGAAGAGAAACAGAAGUAUCCAAUGGCACCAGGAACGGUUCAGGGUUAUGGUCAAGCUUUUGUGUUCUCAGAAGAUCAAAAGCUCGAUUGGUGCAACAUGUUUGCUCUUGGUCUGGUGCCACACUCCAUAAGAAACCCUAAACUUUGGCCAACCAACCCACCCACGUUUAGCGAAACCGUGGAGAGUUACUCGAAAGAGAUCAGAAAGUUGUGUAAAGAUCUUCUAAGAUUUAUAGCGUUAAGCCUUGGGGUUGGUGGGAAUGUUUUUGAAGAGAUGUUUGGGGUGAGUGUGCAAGCGAUGAGGAUGAACUACUACCCUGCAUGUCCUAGACCCGAUCUCGUGUUGGGUUUAAGCCCGCACUCGGAUGGGAGCGCGCUCACCGUGUUACAACAAGGAAAGGGAAGCACGGUCGGCCUCCAAAUACUGAAAAACGGUACAUGGGUGCCCAUUCAGCCUGUUCGAAAUGCGCUUGUGAUCAACAUUGGUGACACCAUAGAGGUUUUGACGAAUGGGAGAUACAAGAGCUCGGAACAUAGAGCGGUGACACACAAAGAGAAGGAUCGACUGUCGAUCGUGACGUUUUACGCUCCGAGUUAUGAGAUAGAGAUAGGUCCAAUGGCGGAAAUGGUGGAUGAGAAUAACCCUAGCAAGUAUAGAAGAUACAACCAUGGAGAGUAUAGCAAGCACUAUGUAACCAACAAGCUUCAAGGCAAGAAAACACUGGAUUUUGCCAAAAUCUCACCAAAAAACACAUUCUAG